UUAUCAAUAAAAACUAACAAAUGUUAAUUUAAAAUAAUUUUUUUAUUAAAAUUUUUCCUUUUCGUUGACCUUUUAAUUAAUGUAAAGAUGCAUGUCUUUUUCUUAAAAAAAAAUUUCAUUUGGCUCUCCCUAAAAAAAUUUUUUGGCUAUGCUACUGGAGGAAGUGAUAAGCAAGGGGAGCAAUCCUUGUCACAAGGGGAAAGACCUCAGCGCUGGUGGCCUCUACUGGUGGUGGCUAAGGAUGGUUAAUGGUGCCAUGGUGGUAAUCGCAAUGAGGAUGGUCCAGGCCUUCUGGUGGGGACUUUGUGACAAUGGGAUGUGGGAAUGGUGGGGUUAUGUUUGGAAGCCAGGAUGGGGGCAAGACACGUGUGGCAUGAUUGCAUCAUCAAAGGAGGUAGGGAUGUGUGUUGAGGUUUAAAACUUAGAUGUAAAAGCUGAUUAUUGGAACAAUUCCAGUUACUAGAAAAUUAUCUUUAGUAGGGUUUUAACGUUAGUCUAUUUAUUCAUUUUCUUAUCAAUUUAGUCCCUUAAGUUUGGUUUUGGGCUAUUUAGUCUUAGGUCCUUUGCCUGACAAGGAUAGGAGACCAUGUGAGUUUCGGCAUGAGGUUAAUAAUUCUCUCAGGUUAAG